ACGACGCCAUUUUACUAACCUUUUCGGCGCGGAGAGCGACGAAGCAGUCGCCAGGGUUAAUCCGGGACGAGUACUAAUCGCUCUUCAAACGUGCACUGUAGUCACCAUCAACGAAAUAUCUCAUCAAAUUUAUUAACAUCGUCAACAAAUUAUUUCAUCAUUAUUUUUGGUGAAUUGAUCGCCACAUUGAGGAUUCUCAUAAAGUUAUUGGAUCGACGUUUAUUAUGGAAGAUGACGACGGUGAGGGUUCAAAUACAGAAUCACAAGUGCUAACAGACAGUGAAUCAUUAAAAAUUCAUCACAAUUCAACGACCGAAUCAUCGGAUUUGUCGGACGAUGAGAAAGAAACGGAGAAGAAUGAUGUUGGUGGUGGCGAUGACGACGAUGAGGAGGAGGAGGAGGAGGAGGAAAUAUAUCCAGAGAAUUUUCCAACACGUCUGCCAAAUCCAGUGUCACAUCCUGUAUUCAAGGGAUUCAAGAAGCGUGUGAUAUCCGAUAAAGCAGUAGAGGAGACUGGAGAAGCGGCCAGUGAUGAGAAAAGAAGCCUAACCUCCAGAAGAGGUAAAAUAACUGAGUACGCUCAGUAUUUGGGUCUCCAGCCAGCAGCAAAGUACAAUAAAUGCUCAAAGUGCAAUGUCACGAAUAGUCAUCGUAAUCAGGGAAGGGAUGAGUGUUUGUGUCAAUCACAAGUGGCUGUUACAACACCAGAAACAUCAUCAUCAUCGUCAUCAUCAUCAGUUUUCAGUGAUAAUCAUCCUAGUACUUCGAAAUUAACAAAUAACUUCAGGAUAACGAGAAAAGUUUAUCUGUGCGCUGCUUGUGGUACAUAUUUUGAAAAUUGGAAUCUAUUUCUUCACAUGAGGGAGAUACAUAAACGACACAUUUGUCUAUUUUGUUUGGGAAUGUUUGGACAGGCUGAGAGGUUAUCUCAUCAUCUUGAGAAAAAACACAGUGUUGCUGAGACGCCAUUCAGUACAGUUGAGGAUUUUUACAAUGCUUUUAAGGGCUCUUGUUAUUUAAUAUGCUGUUCGUGUGAAAAAACCUUCUCCGAGACUGAUAAUUUUUACAAUCACUUCUGUCCCACAUCCCUCAGUGAUGAUAAAUCACCUGAGCAGGAGGAGGAUAUUUGCUCUGUAUGUCGGCAAGUUGGAUCACAUGCUGCUACGUGCCAACGUCAAGUGGAGGGAAAUAGUUCGGGUAAAAGUGGAGUGAAAAUUGGGUCUAAAGGGCUCCUCCCCAGAUCAAAAAAUCAUCGAGUGAAGAAAAGUGAGAAACACAUGCUGUCGUCUUAUCAGAAAAAAUUGACACAACUUUAUGAAAGAAAAAUGACACUGAAGACAGAGAGAGCGUCUUUGGACUCUGCACCAAGUGAACCUGUUGUUGUCAGUGAUGUUUGUGUUAAUCUCGAAAUUCCCCAGAUCUCGGAGAGGCCAGAAUCCUCGAAUUUGUCCCGGGAUACUGUCGCUGAGACUAUUCUGCAGGUCUCCAAGCUGUCUGACGAUCCCAAAGAGAUAUCUCCAAUGCCUCCAUCACCAGAAGCUGAAGAUACUGAUGAUAAACAGUUGAAAUCACCUGAGGAUGUGGAAAAUCGUGAGGAAGUGGAUAGAAAUAAUUGGGACAGUGUGACGGAGACCAUAAUGAGGGUAUCACGUUUUGAAAAUUCUGAACAAUCAGAGACCGAAAAAAUCAGCAGUGAUUGUGAAGAAAAUAGACUAGAACAUAAUGACCAGGAGAUGAUGGUGGAUGAGGUACAUCAAUCAGAGACACCUGAGGACGUCGACAAGAGGGAUGACUCGUCUUCUGAUGAUCCCGACGACGAUGAAGAGAGCCUGAAAAAAUUAGAAUCGACACCAAUGUCAGUCAGUAGAGUUAAUAGGACCAAAGGUAGUCUGGUGAUUAAAAUUUGUACAAAUAAAAAUUCUCAUUACUCUGUCAGCACUCCAAAUAUGAACGGUGUUGACGAAUCAGAGGAUAACAAUAACGACAGUGACUCCGAUAACGACAGGUUGACAGUUGCCCUGAAUGACGAGAGCAACAGAAUUCAAGACGAUGCAGAACCCUCGAGUUACAACGAAUUCGUGGGGGAUGACGAUCAAGGGACACCAGGAGAUGUUGAUAACGUUGAAAAGUCCCUCGAGGAGACCGACAAGAUCCCCCAGGAAAAUGAAGAAUCUAAAUCUAAUGCUGAUAAUUUUGAGGUUAAAGAAGCAUCAGAAAAACCUACCACUGAGGAUGGCAUUCAGCUUGCUGGUGAUGAUGCACCCAGUAUCGAUCUCAAUGUCAACGAUCUCCUCGAGAAUCUCCAGAUAGUUGAUCUCUUAAAGGGCUGCAUCGAGGCUGCCAGUCCCACCUGUGUGUACUGUAAUCACGCAAGACACAUCGCUGUAAAUGGCAAACAACUGGCCCUCCACAUGCUCACUGAGCACAGAUUUCAACCACAACAUCCUGCUAUUAUAAUUCAACCCGAACAAUUCAUCAAUAGAGUUAAAAAAUUCAUUGAUCAGCUGGAUGGCCAUUACUUCAAUGCUGACAGUUAUGACAGUGACAUUGGUACUUACAAUGUACCAACGAUUCGCAUGUACGAGUGCUUCAAUUGUCGUGUUGUCUCUCAUGUACACAAAGAUCUUUACUUACACAAUCGUAAGAUGCAUCAGAAGACGAUAUUAAUAUGUGUUAUGUGUAAAUCAACAUUCUACAGUUACAGUGAAUUACUCUGUCAUCUUUGUCCUGGUAUUUAUUUAUCAAUGGAAACAGACAUGUCAACGCAGUCAUUGACAUCAUCGAUAUUAAAUCCAAGUAUUAAAUAUCGUUGUUGUAUAUGUACAAUUGAUCCAUUACCAUCGGCAUUCAGACUUAUGGUACAUCUUAGAAAACGUCAUCAUGCAUGUGACGUUUGUCUUGAGCUUAAUGGUAAUCAGCAGAGGCUGUCAAAUCACGUUUGGAAGCAUAAACUUCAGCAUUUGUGUUACAGAUGUGGUAUUGCAUACAGAAAUAAACCGGAUAUAACGAAACAUUUAUUUUGGAAACAUGGAACUGAGAGUGUACUUUGUAAAAAAUGUUUGCAAAAAAAAUGGCCGCAUAUUUAUCACUUUUGCAUACCGCCAACUGCUUUUAUCUGUGACGAGUGUAAUGUGAGUUUUUCAAGAGCUGUUGCCCUAAAGGUUCACAAGAGAAUUCAUACCAAGGAGGAGCCAUAUGCUUGUGCUGAUUGUAAAAUGAGAUUUAUAUCGAAAAAAUUGUUGAUGAGACAUGAAGUGGAGAUACACAGGCCACCACCAGAAGUACCAGAGAUACCAGCACUGGCUGAUGAUCAUUGUGGGGAUAAUGGUGAUGCUGAUGGACAGCAGGAUGAGGGUGGUGAUGGUAAUCAUCAGAAAUGUGGAGGCGAGGGAUUGGGGAACGAGGGACCGACAACUGGGGCUUCAUCACGUCCAGCAAGUGCAGCACAGAGUCAGGUUUCUGGAGGUAGUCCUAGUGGUGCUUUAGGAAUACCUGAGGGACUGUCUGAAUCCCAGAAAAUGUCUGUGGAGCCAGUGAGGAAGGUUGUAGAUGUCUAUGAUUUACCGCCUUUGAAUCUUUCAGACAGUGAUUCUGAUGAUGAGAAUGAUGAGGCAGAGGGAGUGAGCAGAAAUGAUGAGAAAAAGGAUGAUAAUGAGGUGGAGAUGAAAGAGGGGGAGGAGAGUAGAGCUGGUGAUGAUACUGUAAAUCCCUCCGUUGCUGGUGCCAGUGAAUCAGAACAGAUUGACGAACAUCAGGAGCAACAGGUUGAUAUUAUGAAUGGAAUAUGGGAUAAUUUCAAGUCAUAUGCUACGACGACUGAAACUAAUCUCGAGGAGUUGGCUAAGAGUGAGGAAAAGAUCAUUGAGGCCAAGCAAAAGGAGCUUGUUAGUAUAAUAACAGCGGAUCACGAUUAUUGUGUUGUUUAUGGUGAUUCCAAGAUGGAGGAGGAGCCAGAGGAGACACAAAAUUCACCAAAAACUGCUGAUCUAGGGGAGAAUGGAGUCAACAUAACUGAUACUGUGAAUGAAACUGAUCAAGCUUUUCUCACUGAAGUUACCAUCAACGAGGUGAACGAGGUUUCAAUUCCCACUGUUGAGAGUGACGUUGAGAAGAAGAAAGAAAAAUCGCCGAAGAAGAAGGUAAACAGCAACUCAUCCUCGAGUGAUUCCUCCAGUGAUUCAGACUCCAGCAGUUGCUCCUGUGGUACAAACUGCAGCUGUAGCAGUUCAUCGUCUGAUUCGUCGUCAUCGUCAAGCAGUUCAUCUGAUUCAGAUAGCUCAGGAUCUGAAUCAUCACCUAAGAAACAGUUGGAAGGCCGAAAGAGAGAACGCAAAAGGGUUAAAAAUAGUCAGCAUAAACGCUUGAAGGAGGACAAUUUUGAGAAUGAGGAGACUGUUAACAAUGCGAUUAAUGAAAUUAAUCCUGAGGAAGAACUUAUUAAUGUUCACACAAUUGAUGAGCCCAGUGUUAUCGAUGUUCAAGAGCAGUAUAAUUUACCAACACCAGAUGUACCACAUGUUGAGAGACGCAAUGUAAUGCGAGAAUCUGAUCUUGAAACUGAUGAAACGGAAACCGAUGAAGAUUUUUAUGAUGAACAUCCUCAGGAGCUGGCCAAUAAAUUGCUGGUGGAGAAGAGAAAUCAAUUGUUACAUCUUGCAAAUGUUUCUGUACCAUCAGAAACAUCAGUGAAAAAUGGAGUAGUUGAUAAUAUGGAGAUUCAGAGUCAGACGAGUAGUAGAAAAAAAAUUAAAGUAAAAAAGAGGAAGAAAACAAGCGACAGCAGAAGAGGGGCAAGAGCAGCUAGAGGGGCUCGUGGCACCAGAGGAAGACGAUCCAAGUAUCCAGGUGCUCAGGUGGUAGCUGCUGAUCAUGACGAGCCACCGAUCAAGAUAAACAUUCCAAAGCAAAAAUAUGAUCGUCAAAAACAUUCGAAAAUACGUUUUUCAUCGAUGGUACCACCAGCUAAUUCAACAUGUCAGUCUGCCGAGUAUUCGAUGAAUAAUUCAACAUUUGUUCAGGGAAGUCAGAUGUCCGGGGGCUAUUCAGGGGCAUCUGGUGCUUCUGGUACCGAAACACCCGGCAGUGAGAGCAAGAGGGCAUCCAAGAGAAAACGUAUUCCAAAGAAAUUUUAUGGUGACUCGAGUGAUGAUGAACAACCUAAUCAGUAUCCAAAGUGGAGGAGAAUUGAAAAUAAUUCUGGUAUUGUUGGAGGUCAGGCUGGACAACAGGGACAUCAGUAUGUGCCAACCAUAACGAUCAAGCAAAAUUUUGGCCCAUCACUUCAAUCAAAAUGGUAUAAUGCCGAACCGCAGGCAAAUUUUGUGGUUUAUAAUAAUGAAACAGCACCCAGUACACUUGGUGCAUCUGUCACAGAUACUGAAGAGGGUGUGGAUGAUACGAGUAGCGAGUCCAGUGGAUCUGAUGUUGAGCAACCAGUUGCAGAACAACCAUCAGUUGAUUGUCAACCACACAAGAGACAGGAGAAUAAUGUUACAAUACCAGGACCAGCUGUUGGUGGUGAUAAAAAACAUCUUUAUUGCUAUUGUCAGUGCCCAUAUGACGAAGUUUCGGAGAUGAUUGCCUGUGAUGGAGAUCACUGUAAGAUUGAGUGGUUUCAUUUUGAGUGUGUUGGUAUUAUGGUACCACCAAAGGGCAAAUGGUACUGUCCGGAUUGUCGUAAGGAAGAUCCUACACUUAAAAAUGACGAUUUCAUUGACUGAUGUUUUCCCAGUAUCAUCUAAAAUUUAACAAAAUUGCUUUUUUUUUUCGUUGGUAGUUAUACCGAACAUAUUCAGUACAUAAUAUUUUAUUUCACCUCUUCCUAGCAUCCUCUCGCCCUUUUUUUAGUUGAAGAACAAAUUCAUUUGAACCAAUUCCAUUUUUUUAUCGAGUACAUAUAGAUAUGUAUAUCUCUCAAAUCAUAAAAAAAAGUGUUUGUAUAUAUGUGUAAAUAUUAACGAUUGAUUGUAGAAUUUACUAUGCCAAGAUUUGAGAUGAUUUUUUAGUUUUAUUUUCAUGUAAAAAGAAAACAAAAUAUGACUAAAACAAAAUGAAAAGAAAUCGACAAAAACAGUUUUUUUUUCGUAUUUACUUCUCGUUCUUAUUAUUUUCAUCGAAAUUUUAGUUGAUCCUCGAUGGAAUUUGAAGUUGCUUUUUUAAAACAUUGUAAGGAAAGUGUAUUUAAUUUUUGUUCUCAUUUGGCUCUUUAAGUACGUAUUGUCUACACUGCUGGCAGUGUUAUUAUUUCCUCCCUAUCAAUUUUCAUUGGUUCGCCAUUUACUGUUUUAUAAUUAUAAUAUUUAGCACAAAUUUCACAUUUUAUUCAAUUACUACUGCUUUUACGUUCAUCAAUAUGUGAAAUAUAAUUCAUUGCAUGUACAAAUAUACAUGUACAUAGACGAAUUUCAUUGUAUUUGUCGGUAACUAAUGAUUGACGGAAUCCUAGUACCUAUUUAAAUUUUAACCAUUGAAAUAAAUUAAAAUUUAUAAUGACAUUAGGUUUUUAUUAUUCUCGAAUUUGUAAUAAAGGUGUAAGAUAGCAAACAUAGACGAAUGAUAAUAUUUCUCAGACGAGAGAAUAGUAAACCUGAUGUAUCAGAAAAUUUUUCUCAUAAACCCAACAACAACUUCUUCAUCGUACUCUCCAGUUCUAAUUAUCUAAAACUAUUGUACAGUUCUAAAGACACAAUGCAUAUAAAAAUAUAUAA